AGCACCUGCGCUCGAUCAAUUUCCCGGUGUUCUGGGGGUUCAAUAGCCAUGAGGUGUCCUUCGCUUACACGGUUGCCCUACCGUGCCGUUUCUGGCCUGACCAAAGCUCCUGUUCGUCUGCAGUCUCAGACCUUCUUGUCCCAGAGAUGCGCGUCCACGGCCGCUUUCCGUUCGCCCUCCGCGGUCCCGCUCUAUCGGUCUGCUGUCUUGAACAAGGACUUCUACCAGAGACGCAAUGCCUCGGCAACGGCUUCGGCGGUUCUUGAAGCCGCCGCCGCCAACCCCGAGACUUUGUCCCAGCAGGCCAUCAUCGAGAACCUGGAUCCUGUCGAGGCCGAGCGACUGUCCCGAGUGCGAAACAUUGGUAUCGCGGCCCAUAUCGACAGCGGUAAGACCACCUGUACCGAACGAGUUCUUUUCUACACCGGUCGUAUCAAGGCCAUUCACGAGGUUCGUGGUCGUGAUGCGGUGGGUGCCAAGAUGGACUCCAUGGAUCUGGAGCGCGAAAAGGGUAUCACCAUCCAGUCCGCUGCCACCUUCUGUGACUGGGUGAAGAAGGACGCCGACGGCAAGGACCAAAAGUACCACAUCAACUUGAUCGACACCCCCGGCCAUAUCGAUUUCACCAUCGAGGUUGAGCGAGCGCUGCGCGUUUUGGACGGAGCCGUCAUGAUUCUGUGCGCCGUGUCCGGUGUCCAGUCGCAGACCAUCACGGUGGAUCGACAGAUGAAACGGUACAAUGUGCCCCGUAUUUCCUUCGUCAACAAGAUGGAUCGGAUGGGUGCCAACCCCUUCAAGGCCGUCGACCAGAUCAACUCCAAGCUGAAGAUCCCCGCGGCUGCCGUCCAGGUGCCCAUCGGCGCGGAAGACGAGUUCGAGGGUGUUGUUGAUCUGAUCCAGAUGAAGGCCCACUACAACGUGGGUGAGAGUGGUGAGGAAAUCCACGUGACGGACGAGAUCCCCGACAAGGUGAAGGAUAUCGCCAUCGAGCGCAGAAGGAUGCUCAUCGAAACCCUCGCCGAUGUCGAUGACGAGAUUGCCGAGCUUUUCAUUCUCGAGGAGCAGCCCACGGAGGACCAGCUGAAAGCCGCCAUUCGUCGGGCCACCAUCAACCUUAAGUUCACUCCCGUGUUCAUGGGCACGGCCUUGGCCAACAAGUCGGUGCAGCCGAUGCUGGACGGUGUGGUGGACUACCUGCCCAACCCCUCCGAGGUGCAGAACCUCGCCCUGGACAAGAAGCGCAAGGAAGCUUCCGUGAAGCUCGUCCCCUACAACUCGCUUCCCAUGGUCGGUCUGGCCUUCAAACUGGAGGAGAGCAACUUUGGCCAGUUGACCUACAUCCGCGUGUACCAGGGUACCCUCCGCAAGGGCAUGAAUGUCUUCAACGCUCGCAACGACAAGAAGGUCAAGAUCCCUCGCAUCGUCCGCAUGCACUCCAACGAGAUGGAGGAUGUCUCCGAAGUCGGAGCCGGUGAGAUCUGUGCCGUGUUCGGUGUGGAGUGCGCUUCCGGUGAUACCUUCACCGACGGGCAAUUGGGCUACAGCAUGUCUUCCAUGUUCGUUCCCGAGCCGGUCAUUUCCCUGUCGAUCAAGCCCAAGCACAACAAGGACGGCGCCAACUUCUCCAAGGCCAUGGCCCGAUUCCAGCGCGAGGACCCUACCUUCCGCGUGACCCACGAUGCCGAGAGUGAGCAGACGCUCAUCUCCGGCAUGGGUGAGCUGCACCUGGACAUCUACCUGGAGCGCAUGCGCCGCGAAUACCGCGUGGACUGCGAGACCGGCCCGCCCCAGGUCGCCUACCGCGAGACGAUUGGCAGCCGUGUGGAGUUCGACCAUCUGCUCAAGAAGCAGUCCGGCGGUCCGGGUGAUUACGCCCGUGUCGUCGGCUGGAUGGAACCUACCGGUAAGCUCGAGGAGAACAACUUCGAGGAACAGAUCGUCGGUGGUAGCAUCUCGGAGAAGUUCCUGUUCGCCUGUGAGAAGGGUUUCCAUCUCUCCUGCGAGAAGGGUCCUCUGAUCGGCCACAAGGUGCUUGGUACGCGCAUGGUGAUCAACGACGGUGCCACCCACAUGACGGAUUCUUCCGAAAUGGCUUUCAAGAACGCCACGCAGCAGGCCUUCCGCAAGGCGUUCAACGAGAGCGGUCCCUCCGUCCUGGAGCCUCUCAUGAAGACCGUUGUCACCGCGCCGGCCGAGUUCCAGGGUGACCUCAUCUCGCUGCUGAACAAGCGCGGUGCGACCAUCAACGAUUCCGAGGUCGGUGUCGAUGAAGUCACCAUCUAUGCCGACUGCAGUCUGAACGGCAUGUUCGGUUUCAGCAGUAACCUGCGCGCUGCCACCCAAGGCAAGGGUGAAUACAGCAUGGAGUUCAGCCAUUACGAGAGGGCUCCCGGUCACCUACAAAAGGAACUCAUCCAGAAGUACCUCAAGGCCCAGGCCGACCGCCACAAGAAAUAAACGGCCAACCCUUGUCGCCUUCUCUCCCCACCCCCUCGACUACAUAACCCGCGGUCAGCUCUCGCCCAGUUGAUCUCGAAUGUACCACGCCAUCCCUUCUCUCCCCCU